AUAUUUCGAAGAACUUUUAGCAGAGGGUAAUAGCUUUUCCCCUUUCAGCAAUUACUAUUUAUUAAUCCCAAUUAUGCAAACUAAAAGCAACCGUAAACAUCCUUAUCAGCGUCCCGUUUGAAGUGCCCCCAUCAAAAAAGAACUGAUAACCAGCCACCACCACGUGAUUCGUGGAAAACCUGUGGGGGGGAAACGAAAAUUAGAUUAGCCCGGAAAAUGCGCCACCUUCUCAGUCCCCAUUCAGUAUCACGAUGAAAAUCAGCCAAUCUAGAUCGCGGACGAAACCUGCCACCAGCAGCCGACGGACCAAGGCAAACCAGCGCGAACGGAACCGGAUGCACGGGCUGAACGACGCGCUGGACAGGUUGCGCAGCUGCGUGCCACUUCCGCAGCAGCUGACCGUGACCAGGUGUGACCACACGGCGCCCCAGAAGCUGUCGAAGAUUGAAACUCUCCGGCUGGCGCGGAAUUACAUUUGGGCACUGUCGGAAGCGUUGCGGGAGGAUCGACGGUACGGGUUCGAGGAGUUGGUUGCGAUUUUGGGCAUGCGGUUGAGUCCGAACACGGCCAAUCUGCUGAGGACGAGGAUGACGCUGGACGGGGAGCUGCGGGUUGGACUGGUGGAACCGUGUCAGUGUCGGAGGUGUUCUACGACGAGGAAUGAGAUUUUCGGGUUGGACGGGUGUUGCGGUCUGUGCGUAACCGGUGAGGUGGAUUUUUGGGGGAUUGAAUAGUCUCUUUUUGAUGGAAAAUAUUUAUAUUUCAUAAAAUAAAUCGUAUAUCACUUGCAAUUUCGACUAAUCUCAAUAAAGUUGUGCAAAAUAAAUAGACAAAAUAAA